AAGAUCACAACCAUGAGAGAACUCAUACUUGAGCUUACCGCAUACGACUGGAUUGAGAAUCAUUUCGUGGAGCAAUGCAUCUACUGGAAAGAAGAUGGUCUUUUCUUCAGGUCUAUCUAUCGCUCUCGGGAUACUGUUGACCUCGAUAGCCUACCCAAGCCAGACCCCAUUCCCGUGGAAGACAUUCGCGCGUUAUGGCAUGAGGACCUCACGGUGGCUCCGAGCCCUUUGCCCGAGUCAUCCUACGUCAAGGUCCCCGACAUCACGACCUGGGAGCCCGACUUCGGAGGAUGGUCUGUUAGCAAGAGGUUCUUCGCCGAGGUCGAGAUGCUUGAAUUCUUGAGAAAGCAUCCUCACCCGAAUAUAUGUGUAUACUUUGGAUGCAGCCGUGAUGGCAACUACAUCGAAGGCAUUUGCAUUCAGCGCUACCCACGUACACUCAAGCAGGCGGUGGAGGAGAAUAGGGAGGGCUUGGAUCGUGAAGCCAUCAUCGCUGGUCUCACAGCUGGCAUCGAACACCUGCACUCUUUGGGAUUAGUCCAUUGCGAUAUCAAACCGCAGAACAUCAUGCUGGAUGAGAACAAUGUUCCUGUUAUCAUCGACUUCGGUUCGUGCGAGCGAGAGGGGCAGGCUAUGGUGAAGGGAGGGGGCACCCCCGGUUGGGCAAAGCCUUCGUGGAUGUACGGUCCUAAUUCUAUUCGUGUGGCAUUCAAGGAAAAAGACCUGUACGCGAUCGGUCUCAUCGAGAAGUACCUGAAGGGAGAAUGGUCAAUAGAAGAGGUCAAUAACGAGGAUCGCGAAUACUUGGAAAGUGCACGCGUCGAUCUUGGAUCACAUUCGACAGAAAAAGAGGUUAGCCACUCGAGCGGAGCGAGAGACGGUGGAGCCGAAUAGAACGCGAGAAGCAGGCAGUCUACAAUUACAAACGCUGAAUAGGAUGUUCUCUUGUAAACAUUGCAUUACUAGCAACAUUCGCUUAACGUC